AUGACUAGGAUAGAUGAUGAGUGGGCUGAAUGUCAUCAUUGCCACCAUAAAUACAAAGCUCACGAUGAUAAUAAUGGCACUUUUGGAUUACAAAAGCAUUUGAAUAGAUGUCUAAAGAAUCCUAACAGGAAGAAAGAAAAGGGACAACCAUCUCUGUUGAUGCCACCCCCAAAACCAUGUCAGGAUGAUGAAAUUCCUUUUAGAAAAGUAGAAGGGUCAGGCUUUGUGGCAAUGAUGCAAGAGGCACAGCCUAGGUUCAAGGUUCCAGGACGUAUGACAAUUUAUAGGGAUAUGUUAAAGAUGUAUGUAGAAGAGAAGAAUAACCUAAAAACUUACUUCUUGACAUCUAAGAAGAGGGUAUCUUUGACAACUGACACAUGGACAUCACCAAAUAAUUUUAAUUAUAUUUGUGUAACCGCUCACUACAUUGAUCAGAACUGGAAAUUGCAGAAGAGAAUACUCAUGUUUUGUCAAGUUGAAGGUCACACAGGUAAUGCAAUCGGUGAGAAGCUAGUGGAUUGUUUGAAAUAUUGGGGUCUAAAAGAUAUAUUUGGUGUCACUCUAGACAAUGUAAGGUGUUCAGCCCAUGUUCUUGCUCUUGUCAUAAAAGAUGCAGUACAACUCUUUAAUGAAUCAGUUAAAAGGAUAAGGUCAGUUGUAAAAUAUGUUCUUGGUUCUCCUUCUAGGUAUGAAAAGUUUAAACAAUGUGCUUCCCUAGCAAAGAUUGAUAAGAACUUUCAAGAGAGGUUUAUUUUUGAGCAAAACAAGGAAUUUGUUUUACCAAGUGAUGCUGAUAUUGAGAAAACUAUAUCUAGUGAUGAUAUCGUGGAAGAAGUGUUAAUUGAAUUUAGAGAAAAUGUAGCCUCAGAUCCAUUUAUUGCACGUAUGUCUCAUCUUAUGUUUUCCAAGUACAAUAAGUAUUGGGGUGUGUAUGAUAAAAUGAAUUAUGUUAUGUUUUUUGCUCAACUGUUGGAUCCAAGGGAGAAACUAAAGGGGCUAGAAUUUACUCUUAACUGUUUGUUUGAGAACAAUUCGUGGGAGGUUCAAAGAAUCAUGAGAAAGGUGAAAUUAGAAUUUCAGGAACUCUUUGAUGAUUAUAGGUCAGUGUAUUCAACUCAUGAGGAAGGGUCAUCUAGUGCUGCUCCGGUAGUUGCCAGUUCGGUUAGCACGCAAUAUCAAGGCUUGAAAUCUAGAAUUCAAUCAAUGAAGAGACAACAUUGGGACAACCCAAGUUGUGUUGAAGAAGCAAGAACAAGGGAGUUAGAUAGGUACUUGAAAGAUGUGAUGGAUGGCAAAAUGCGUGAAGUAGAUCAGGAUGAUGACUUUGACAUAUUGUCUUGGUGGCAGGCUAAUGCAAACAUGUAUAAGGUACUGUCAUACAUGGCAAGAGAUAUAUUAUCCAUGCAUGUGUCUUCAGUUUCCUCUGAAUCAGCUUUUAGCACCGGGAAGCGCGUGCUUGCUCCAUGGAGAGCUUUUAUGUCUACAACGAAAGUUGAGGCAUUGCUCUGUACACAAAGCUAUUUACAAAAGCACAUUGCUCUUGAUCUUCUAUUCAUAAUUGAGAAUCUCCUAUAA